CUAUAUAAAUAUGACAUAGCACUUUUAUGUAGUGAUUAUAAUUUUACGUAGUAGAAAUUAUUGUAGCAAUUGUAUCGCCAUGAAUCGAAUAGUGAUAUUUGGAGCUACGGGAAAUACAGGAUUAUGUGCUUUAAAUAGUGCUGUAAAUAAGGGAUUAAAUGUAAAGGUAUUUGUGAGAGAUGAAAACAAAGUUCCAAUGAAUUUAAAAGAUAAAAUUGAAAUAAUUAUUGGAGAUGUUAUUAACAAAGAACAAGUUUCAAAUGCAAUAUCUAAUACUGAUGCAGUGGUUGUUGUGCUUGGUACACGAAAUGAUUUAAGUCCAACUAUAACAUUGUCUACUGGUAUGAAAAAUAUAAUAGAUGCUAUGAAAAUACAUAAUGUAGAAGUAGUAUCUGUUUGUUUAUCUGCAUUUUUAUUUUACAAACCUGAAGCAGUGCCUAACAUAUUUAAAGAUUUAAAUGCAGAUCAUCAACGAAUGUUUGAUCUUCUUAAAGAAAGUCAAUUAAAAUGGAUUGCAGUAUUACCACCUCAUAUUGCAGAUGUACCAAAUUCAAAAUAUAUAGUGAAACAUGAUGAAUCUCCAGGUCGAGCUAUUUCCAAACAUGAUUUAGGUGCUUUUCUUAUUGAAAGUCUUCAACAAACAGAACAUUAUCAAAAAGUUUGUGGUAUUGCUAACACUGCAUAAUAUAACAAAAAAUAUAUUUUGUAAUUUGUAAAAAACUUAAAAGUAUUUUAUAAAAUUUUGUUUACUUUUAAGAAUAUAAAAAAAUAAAUAAUAAAUUUAGAAAUUUACUAUUUUUAAUUUGUACAAAAGAAAUUGUUAAUUUUUUAAAGAAUAUUUGUGAUUUUAAACAUCUAUUGGAAUGAUUGUAAAUUAUGAUUUGUAAUAUAUGAAUGAGAUGUAUGCAUGAAAAACAUUUCUAUAUUUAAAAGCAAUUAAAAUUAAAAUUAAAAAAAUAAUUUUCUUUAAGAUAAAUAAAUAAAUAAUAUACAUAUGGAAUAUAUAAAAAAUCUUAUGUAUAAAAAGAAAAUUGUUUAUCAUUGUUUUACUAUUGUAAUGAUAAUUUUUUUACCAUAUGUGUUCUGUGUGUUAUAACACCUAAAUCAUAAAACUUUGGCAUUUGAAAGUUUGGCAUUGGAGGUGGUGGUGGACCACAACAUUGUGUACUUUUCUCCUUAAGUUUUGCUUUAGUAAAUGCUGCACUAGAAUAUACAACAUCAUUAAUUCCUGAUGCUUUAAAUGGA